AUGCCGCCUCUACCCACAAAGUUCUCCGAGGAGGCGCAGGACCUCAUAACCAACCUCGAACGACGCCAAAGCCAUCUCGUCAACUCCCAAAUCCCCGAACUGCGAGACUGCAAAGGGCCCUUGACGCUCCAGCAAAGCUUGGCUGAUGAAUUGCGAGAGGACUUGGUCGUGUUCUCUCGACAUGUCGAGAACUUGGACGCGAUGGUGGACGACCAAAAGGGCGAACGGACGCGCAGGGAACUGAGUAAAGUCGUCGAAGAGUUUAGGAGUUCGUUACAAGAUCUCCGUGCUAAAACCCGUUCGGCAGUCCUAACCUCCAAAAAGACAAUAGACGCCCUCCAACGAUCCAGGAGGAACGAACUCUUGUUCCAACCCUCCACACCAGACUCUGAAAAACAACCCACAAACGAAAAAUACAGGUACACCCUCCCUCCCUCUGACCCCCACUUCCUACCUAACAACCCCAACAGCUCCGACACAGUAGAAGCAGCCCAAUCCUCUCUAACAGCCGCAAUGCAACGCACACUCACUUCUCUGCAAGCAGAACUCGAGCGCUCAGUACUCACAAACCAACUCCUCCAAUCCUCCACCGCCUCGCUCCAAGCCACAUCCAACCAACACGACUCCCUCAACACCGCCAUACUCACCACACGCACCAUUGUGACCGCACUCGAGAAGAGUGACUGGCUAGACCGCGUACUCAUCCUCUCGGCGUUUGGCUUCUUCCUCCUCGUCGUCUUGUUCAUUGUGAAACAGAGGGUCGUGGACCGAGGUGUGGGGAUGGUGCUGUGGUGGUUCAAGUGGAUCCCUGGAAUCGGGUAUAGUACGAGCAGUGUAAUGGCAGGGAGUGGGGUGGAUUUGGAGAAGGGCGUCAAAGCUGCUGCCAGUACGGUCUCGACGGCAACGAGUCUGGGAAGUGUGAUUGCCUCGUCUGUCGUUGCAGCAGCUUCCUCUGCAAUGUCUACCCAGUCGUCCUCUGUCGAUUCGUCUUCCCUACCUUCUGAGCCCUCGGACACAACAAUCUCAUCCACACUCUCCAUCGCCGUCUCAACUGCCUCAGAGGAAGAUACACCACGGACUACUAGCACAAUAAACCACGAGGAACUGUAG